AGACGGGGGUGCUACGUGCUAGUGUAUCUACGCCUGUGUCACCAUCAAGCCUCCCCCACAUUGGAGAAUUAACUGAUUCCAUCAUCACCAUCGUCACCCAACUCAGCAAUUCGCAUGGAAUGGACACCCCUUUAGCAACCUCGCUCUUCCGCCAACUUUUCCGGCAUCGACCGUGCGUCCGGAACGCGAGACUGCUCCCCCGCACCCCAAUAACCCCCCGGCGGCAGCAGCAAUGCCGGACCAUCUUUGCCGAGCGCGACGACGCAAAGGCCGCUGCCUCCGCCGGCGAAUGGCAGCCGAAAUCACCGUUCCUGCAGAUUGACAUGUCCGAGGAGUUUAAGCGGUAUCCUAUGGUGACCGCCGCGCAGCUAGCGAAUCGGAAGGAACGGCCGAGAAGAGUCAAGAUGUUGGUGCGGGACUAUAUCGAUGAUGCGUUAUACAAUCCCCAUUACGGCUACUUCUCGAAGCACGCGGUGAUCUUCGAGACGAAGGAGCCGUUCAACUUCCCCGCGAUGAAAGACGAGAUCGAGUUCCACCAGCAGCUGGCGGAGGAGUACACACAAUUCGAAGAUAAACUGGAUGCCGAGGCACCGAAUCCCCUACGGCAGCUGUGGCAUACACCUACGGAGCUGUUUAAGCCCUACUACGGCGAGGCCAUCGCGCGGUACCUCGUCACCAACUACAAACUGUCCCUAUACCCGUACCGAGACCUGAUCAUCUAUGAGAUGGGAGCUGGAAACGGAACAAUGAUGUCCAACGUGCUCGACUACAUCCGUGAAAGCGAUCCAGAGGUGUACGCGCGCACCCGCUACAAGGUGAUCGAGAUCUCAGAGCACCUCGCAGGGCUGCAGCGGAAACAGGCGGACGCACAGGGACACGCAGACAAGAUCGAGAUUGUGAACAAGAGUGUCUUCGACUGGGACACAUACGUCCCUGAUCCGUGCUUCUUUCUUGCCCUCGAAGUCUUUGAUAACUUCGCCCACGACAUGAUCCGGUACCAUCCCGAGACCGAGGUGCCGUACCAGGGAAUAGUCCUCUGCGAUCAAGACGGAGAUUUCCACGACUUCUACACGCCGCACCUUGACCCAGUCGCGGAGCGCUUCCUGCGCGUUAGGGAUCAUGUUGUCCAGGGCGACUACCAACACCCCCUCAACACCCCCAAGAUCGUGCGGAGGCUCAAGCAGCUUCUCCCGUCAUCUUCAAACCUCACUGUGCCAGAAUACAUCCCAACGAAGGCAAUGAUGUUCUUCGAUGUCCUCCGCGAGCGCUUCCCAGCCCACCGCCUAGUCAUGAGUGACUUCUCCAGUCUCCCCGACGCUGUCAGCGGGGUAAACAGCCCUGUGGUCCAGACUCGGUAUGAGCGGGAGACUAUCGCUGUCACCACGCCCUUCGUCCAGCAAGGCUACUUCGAUAUCCUCUUCCCGACGGAUUUCGACGUAAUGGAUGAUAUGUACAAGGCACUCACGGGGAAGCUGACGAGGGUCAUGAAGCAUGAGGACUUUAUGAGUCGCUGGGCCUACCUCGAGGAGACGCAGACGAAUUGUGGAGAGAAUCCGCUGCUAGGGUGGUAUAAAAACGUGAGCAUGUUGAGUUCUGUAUAAAACCUGCGGUGGGCAGUGGACGAGGAUGUAUCAUAGACUGAGAAUGGGUGUUGUGUGGGUGAAAGAGAGGGGAUGCAGAUGCACACUGAGAGUAUCUAUGUAGCAAAUGCGAGAUGUACUGGACUUCACCGUCCUAUGUACCAUUAACAUCAGA